AUGGAUACAAAUGAUAUUUAUCCAGUUGAUGAUCUGCCCUUUGAGCCACUUGAUUCUGAUGUGAAUAUGGAUUACUUUUCCGAUACUGAGACAUCAGACAAAAGCAUGCCGAAUCAUACUUGGCGCCCUGUUAGCAGAAAAGUACCACAUAGUAUACGAACUGUAAGCGAUGCUGAUAAGAAACAAUUCCCAUGUGAUAUCUGUGGUAAGGUAUAUUCUCAAAAAGGUUAUUUACAUCUGCAUGUUCGUACUCACACAGGUGAAAAGCCUUAUUCUUGUGAUAUAUGUAGUAAGCGAUUUUCUCAGAAAAGUAAUUUAAAUGGACAUUAUCUUACUCAUUCAAAUAAAAAACCCUAUCCCUGUGAUCUGUGCUCAAAGGAGUUUUCUCAUAAAUGCCGUCUGAAUGAUCAUUAUCGAAUUUGUCAUUUAAAUGAAAGACCAUAUUCUUGUGAUGUAUGUGGGAAAGAAUUUACCCAGAAAGGUUACUUAAAUUACCAUUAUCGACUUCAUAAAAAUGAGAAAUCCUUUUCUUGUGAUGUAUGUGGCAAAACAUUUUCUCAGAAAGGUCACUUAAAUCAACAUUUUCGUACCCACACGGGUGAAAAACCUUAUACUUGCGAUGUGUGCCAUAGAGAGUUUUCCCAGAAAUGUCAUUUAAAUGAGCAUUAUCGAACUCAUUCUAAUGAAAAACCCUAUUCUUGUGAUAUAUGUGGAAAGGAAUUUUCCACCAAAGGGAACUUAAAUUAUCAUCAUGGGCUUCAUACCAGUGAAAAUUUCUUUUCUUGUGAUGUUUGUGGUAAGUCAUUUUCUAAAAAGUGUAGUUUGAAUACACAUUUGCGUACCCACACGGGCGAGAAACCUUUUUCUUGUGAAAUGUGCAACAGGGUAUUUGCUCACAAGUGGCAUCUAAAACAACAUUAUCGAAUUCAUACCAAUGAAAGACCAUAUUCUUGCGAUAUUUGUAAUAAAGAUUUUUCGCACAAAUUCAGUUUAAAUGAGCAUUAUAAAAUUCAUACAAAUGAAAAGCCAUAUUCUUGUGAUGUAUGUGGGAAGGAAUUUUCUCGGAAAUCGUAUUUAUCUGAUCAUCAUAGAACUCAUGCAAAUGAAAAAUCUUUUUCAUGAUUUGUAUAUAGAAAUAUUUUUUUUCCUAGGGAAAUAAAAAGUUUUUAUUCUUUUCUUAAGUUAUAUGCAAUACAAAUUUUUCUCAUAAAGUUAUACAAAAUACAUAUAUCAAAAUAUCAGUGGCAAAAUUUUUUUCUGAGAAAUGUUAUUUAAGUAAACAUACCUUACUUUAUAUACCUAAUAUAUUGUUUCUAUGAUUAUGUUAUAAACAGUUUUCACAGAAAAGCUAUUCAAAAAAUAUGUUCUCAUUUAUUAUUAUUAUUUUUGUACUUAACACAGGGAUUACCAAUCAGUAAAUAUGACCGGUCGAUAUCUGAUAAAAUCUAUGUCAAUCUGUGGUAGUUCUAGUGUUAAUAUGCAUUUCCAAUAACAGUAAUUUGAUUAGAAAUAUUAUUAUUCAUUCAAGAAAAGGCAUUACCUUAUUGAUGUAUGCAUAUAAGAAGUUUCUCGUUGAAAUUCGUUUAAUUGAACAUUAUCGCAUUUUUGUGAAUGGAAUACCUUCUAAUAUUUAGAAACUCAAUUUGCAAAGUUUUAUGUUAAAAUAAAAUUUUUUAUUAUUUGAAAAUGUGUCAAUCUCUUUAACAACACUGAAGGUGGAACUCGAAUUUUACAUGCAUUCUAUGGUUUUACAUUUUAUGAAUCUCAAAUGAUGCAUUGUGUUGGAAAAGUCUUUAAUAAUUAGUCUUAAUAAUCUAAUUUUUGUGAAUUUAAGCUUGAAAUACUUCUCCUUGUUCUAUGAAUAUUUUGUUAGAACUCAAAGAAUAAAAGGGUAGCUUCAUUUUUUCCAGAUGUUCAUUUUUUUUAAUGGUGAAUGAUAAUAUACCAUUCCAUUCCACAAAUAUGUUUAACAGGGUGGCAACAGAACUGGGAAAUCAGGGAUUUUUAUAGAUCUGGAAAAGUCAGGAAAAUUCAUAAAAAAUAUCUAAAAAAGGGCAAAUUACCGAAGAGAGCAUUUCGUUCCAAGUAUGCAUGUGAUUGGCGAUUUCACUCUUUCAUUUCUCUACAUCAAGCUUAAUGUCGCCAAAACCAUCAUAGUAGCAGCCAUCUGGGACAACUUUCAGAAGUAUGGCGACUUUUGUUGAGUUUCAUUACGAUAAAAAGAGGUAUAAGCUGAGGAAUGUUUAUUCUAAUAACUUUCCACAAGCUAAGUUAUCACUUUUCAAAGAACAGACAGAAUAAAUUUUGGUUCCACUUAUUCAAUUCAAAAUUUUACAGUGAAGUCAUAUCAUUAUUAAAGACGAUAAUGGUUCUUUCUCAUGGCAACAAUGACGAGAGAGGAUUUUUGAUCAGUAAGAUUGUCUGUGGGAGAAUAUAGAAGAACAAACACUCAUUGCAAGAAAAAAAAUUGUGUGUUGAGAGUAUUUAAGAAAAUAAUAGAAUAACUAAUUUUAAACUAUCAUUAAUAUUGAUCAGAAUAUCAGUUCGAAGAGUUGAAAAAAAAAAAAAAUCUUGAGGGAGUUCAAUAAAUAAAUAAAUUGUUUAGGUAGCUCUACAAAAGAAUUUAAAAGUUGAUAAAGAAAUUGCAAACCUCAAAAUUUUGCAAA